AUGUAUCCAAUUACUGGUGAGAACUCUAGUUUUGGUUUUGAAAUUCUCGAAGAUAAUGUUCCUUCAAAGCAGCUGAAGAAUCGAGAUCAACGAACUGGUAUGGUAACUAAACAAACAGAAAGAAAAAAAAUAAGAGUACGCGCUAGGAAGGCGAAUAAGCUAACAGAAGAUGAGGUACGUAUUAACCAUGUUACUUCCGAGAAAAAGAGGCGAGAAAACGUUCGAUCGAUAUAUGACGACCUUGUAAAACUCGUACCAGAUCUCGAACAGAAUGAAAACAGAUCCGAACUGAUAAUAUACUUGAAGACAACAUAUUAUCUCCGAUGGCUCUAUAAGAAAAAUAAUCAAUUGCGAACAAAGUUAAAGGAAUUCAAAGAUGAUGCUUAUGAAAGCGAAGCAUAUAGUCAAGAAUUAGUAUGGGAAAUCAACCAAGGGGAGAAAUGA